ACAGCCUUUUCAACCUACUAGGAUUUGUUGGUAAAAGGUCAAAGGUCAAGCUUGUGACAGUUAAUCACAGUUAAAACAGGCGUAGGCCCUUGAAACAUGUCGGCCUCCUGUAACAUGUUACACAGAGUUACAGGGAAUUUAAUCAGAUCUGGUUUUCAGGACGGUUGCAUCAGUUGUUUACCUCCGAUUUUCCGUCAGGUUUGUUGCAUCAUUAUCAAUCAGUGUGAACUGAGAGCCACAACAUGUCUGUUCCUUCCUCUUUGUUCCCCACCCACACUUAUUUCCUGUGGAUAGCUGUUUUUUGUUUUUUCCCACCAAUAUGCUUUAUCACCUUAUCAGUUUAUAAAUCAACGUUAAGUAUUUUAAUAUCAAAUAUGUCCAAUGUACAGGCGGUCAGAUUAAAGUCGCCAUGACAUCCAGAGGGAGAUCCUCAGCUUCCACACCCUCAACUCAACGCUCUGAUUGGACGAUCUGACAGAUCCCUGAAGUGUUGGCUCACAAUCCAAGAGAUGCUCAUUUCGAGUUUUGGGGAGGAAGGGGAACAAGAUUUGCUCACAAAGAAGCACAGAGGAGUGAGAGUGGAAAGCGUUCAGGAUCCCCAAGAGCAGUUAUUCUGUUCUGUGACAAGCUGAGCUCUGAGAAGGAAAUGAAGUGUGGCAACAACAGUUGCACCGAGAAGUUCAGAGAAGAUCAGUUCACACCAGACCGGGAGCCGCUUAAAGAUCUUUGAUUCUCCAGACGAUCCGACUGGCUGACAUGGACGUUUCAGACUUCAACUCCUCUGUGAUUUUCAUCUCUCACAGACCUCCAAACCUCACCGUGAAGCAGACGGUUUACGAGAGCUGCAGGGAAAUGCCCGCAGUCUUCAUCUGGUAUCUCAUUCUGCAGUUUACCAACAUGUUCUUGGGCGUCCCGGCCAAUCUCAUGGUCCUGUGGCUCAUCCACAAAAACAAGGGCGACUCCUCCACCUCAGACAUCUUUAUCUUUCAUCUGGCGGUUUUGGACGUGCUGUUUUGUCUAAUCCCUCCAUUGGAGCUGGUCGACCUCGUCUUCCUCACCAUAGACGCCACCUGGUACGUCCUGCACUUCGUCUACGGCAUCAAAGACUGCUCGCCGCUCUUUCUGUCCUGCAUCUGCCUGGAUCGCUACGUGGCUGUGAUCCACCCGAUCACCUUCACUGCACUCAAGGACCAGAACCACAGAACAGUCCUGGCCUUCCUGGUCUGGCUCAUCAUUCUCGUCUACGCCUCCCUGAAAUGCGUGGGCAACAUCAUGAACUUUGAUAAGGUCUUCACGGUGAUGAUCCUCACAGCAUUCGCCUUCAUGGUGUUCUGCAACGUGGCCAUUCUCUGGGCCCUGCGGCAGUCUGGACCCGGCAAGGACACCAUGCAUCCUGUGAAGAAGAAGGCCUUUAGGAUGGUCCUCGUGAUCCUGGCCAUAAUCGUGUUCAACUACUUCCCUCCUGUUGCACUGUUUCCGUUCCAGAACCAGUUCUCCCCUGACGUGUUCCGCUGCUACAUUCACUAUGUGGCCUUUGGCUUGAUGGACUUCAGCAGCACCAUUCAACCCAUGCUCUACCUGUUCAAAGAAAAGCUGACAUGGAGACUCUGUUGCUGCCAGGCCAACACAGAACAAAACAAUUCAGAGUCCCAAGGGGUCAGGACCAUAUCAAAGAGUGUGAACCAGAUCUCUGAUUAGAGGAGUUCCAGGAGCAAAUCCCAAAGAAGAACAGGGAGAACAACUCCAGUCAGAAACACCUCAGCUGGAACUGGAACCAAGAACCUUUCUGCUGUGAGGUGACCUCAUGCAGCACGAAAAACAUCUGUAGUUACAGGAGAAAGAAACUUGUGUUGACUUUAUCAUGUUUUUAAAAGAUUUUAGAUUACUCUAGUAUAGAGGCCUUCCUAGGCUUUAGGAAACAUUAAUGUGCACCUUUUGUAUUCUGAAUGAACAGGUUGAAUUUACAUUGUUUUGUUAUUUAUGAUAAUCAAAGACCCCUCUUUUAAGGGCCAGGUUUUGUAAAUGUGACAUUUAUUGAUAGUUACUUAGAAAGUCUGUGUUAAAUAAAUAAUAUUUUUGGACUUUA